UGAUUCAGACUGCGGCGUCGCGCAGGAUGGAGCCGGAAGACGGGACGGCCCUGUCGCGGCUGCAGAAGCUGCCUCGGGAGCGGGGCUUGCAGUUUCUUCACAAAAUAAUUGACGGCAUCUGUGGCCGAGCUUAUCCGCUUUACCAGGAUUAUCACAGCAUCUGGAAUUCAGCAGAAUGGACACUUGUUCUAGAAGAUGUUACCAAGUUUUUCAAAGUUGUAGUUGGUAAAAGUUUAUCUGAUGAAGAGGUCCUCCAGCAAUUGAAUCCGUUAAAUUCAUUUCAUCAAGAAGCUAUUAUGAAAUGCUUGAGAAGUAGGAAAGAUGAAAUCAAGCAGGCUUUAUUAGGAGAAAUAGUUGACAUUUCGUCUGCUCAGCUACAGGAUUUUGAUUGGCAGUUAAAGCUUGCACUUUCUAGUGACAAGAUUGCUACUUUACAAAUGCCACUUUUAAGCCUUCAUCUAGAUGUUAAAGAAAAUGGUGAAGUGAAACCAUAUUCUGUUGAAAUGAGUAAGGAAGAGCUCCAAAAUCUAAUCACUUCCUUGGAAGCAGCUAAUAAGGUGGUCCUGCAGUUGAAAUAGCUGGAAAUUAUGGAUAACAACAUGCUUAGAUGUUACUGCUACCUGGGAUAAGGCAGAGUGAAGACUGUGUUCAAACACCCUGCUGUGGUUGAAUGCUCUGAGGCUGAGAGAGCAGCAGUGCUGAUGCGACAAAGAUAAAAAUCUAUCACUGUCCUUAAAGAACAGAGAUUAUAUGGUUGAUAGGAAUGCAAAAAAUACAAGAUGAAAAGCUAUGUAAUAGUUUAUAUUUUCUUAAUGAUUGUUUUAUCUUCAUUUAUUAAAUAUGUGGGAAAUCUUCACAACAGUCUAAUUGAAAGCUAAAAAUAGGUUCUAAAGUAAUGUCAACAUAGAAAGCACAAACAUACUUGAAUGUUGCUUAUAUCAUUAUGCAAAUAUUAGAGACACGUGUUAUGAUAUAUAAUUAAUUUGUGAUAUUUAAAGUAACUUUUUUAAAGAAGGUAUAAGCUACAUUUAUAACUCAGGAGAUUCUGUAUCUUUUCUCAUAUUUCAAGAAAAGAUUGUAAAGUGUAAAAUUUUGUAGAGAACUGAUAGACAUUAACAAGGAAAAAAAUUCUGAAUUUGUGUGAAAUGGGAAAAUGAAAACGACAUUGUUCUCUCUGCCAGUUGUGUGUCUGACUGGGAGACUACUCUGAUGUAAAGAUAGAUGCCAUUGUACAGUGUGUAUGUUUUUACUCAAGUGUCAGGAUUUUGCAGGAUCAUUUUUGUUGUAAAUUAAUAUUGAGUCUUUUAAAUGUUAAUAGAUUCAUUGAAAAACAAUUU